AUCACCGAGCUGUCACGACGAGCGUCCGUCUGUCUCGGUGCCCCAGCCCGCAGUCAUGCCAUCCAGUUGCAUACUUAACUCAUGGAAAUUCAUCAGAGAUUAAGCUGCUGUUUCGGGACUUUGUCCGGGCUGAACGGAGGCGUGACGUUUCUUUAAACGGCUCUCGGUGGUCGUUAGAGCUGAGGAGGAGAUUAUCGCUUCCUGGCAGAGAAUUUGACAGUUCAGCCGCUCGGCUGCUGCUUAGGCGGCGUGGGGUUUUUUUUUUGUUCGGCCGCGGCAGACCACACAACAUAACGAGUCAUGUCUCGUAGGAGUUCUCGCCUGGUGUCCGGUGGCUACUACAAUUCAGAUGAAGAAUCUGACUCAAGUAGCGUGACUAACAUAUCCUACCGUGAAAACCCUGUGAAGGUUUUCAAGAAGAAGUCAGGGACCCGCAAAGCCGGCUCCCGUACCUCCAGCAGAGCCAAUAGCAAUGCUAGUUCACCCAGCCUCGAGCCGCCGGCCACUGCAGGCCUGUCUGACGACCUGAGUCCUUCUCCUGUGAGCAGCCAGACACAGCCAGUCAUGAGGACAGUACCCUAUGUCUCCACCACAGCCACCCCUCGGCCUGCCCUGACCCCGUCAUCAUCUACCCCAAGUCAGAGGCCUAUGGGCUACCCCUCAGUACCUCCAGAGAAGAGCCCUUAUGCUGGGCUCUCCAGCUCCAGCAGGCCAGGGUUACACCUGAGGCCCAACCACAAGGAGCCACCUCAGAGCGGAGUGGACAGCUCGGGGUACUCGUCCUCUGAGGGUAGUUACAGGAAGCCUGUACCUGCCACCAGCAGUCCCAGCAGAGCGAGCAGUAACAGUGGGGCUCCCAGUCCUGGAUACAGAAGCAGAAUCAGCAGUGCCUUCGUCAGUCUGAUGGACUCAGCCUCAUUGAUGGCUGUCGCAGCACAAUCGAAAAUGAGGCAUCUGGCUGCUUUAGCAAAUUCUUCAUCGAGCAGUCGCAUGAAGAAGGCUUGUGGUCUGUUUCUUCUCCUCCUCAUCAUACUUCUAUGUCUUUGGUUCCUCCUUCCCUUCUUGACCUCUUUCAUCUCCCGCAUGAGUGUCACAAAGACCCCAUCACAGACAAAACCCACGAGUCAGCCUGUUGUCCCUGCCACUCCUCCUCCUCAACCCAACACCAUGCAUCAUUCACCUGUGGUGGAUCCAGCCGUUGUGUCUGCUGCUGUAGAAGCGAAGAUGAAGCAUAUUUUGGUGGAACUUCAGCUGAAGCAAGAACAGCUUCUCUCCCAGAUGGAGGAGCAAAUGAGGCUGGACAUGCGGGGGAUGAAAGCUAAGCUAGAUGAUGUGAAUUCGGACAGUCGGCUGCGUCUGGAGCAGGAGGUCGCUGGGCUGGGCAAGCAGAUGGCGGAUUAUCAAACAGACAGCCGCUCUGCUGCUUCUAGCCUUAGCCUCAGGAUCCAAGCUUUGGAGGCCCAGAAUGCGAAGCUGUCCCAGGAGUUGUCCUCCAUCCAGUUGAUGCCUCCUCCGGCCCCCUGCCCUGAUACCAACACUGCCCCCGUCCACAACCAUCUGACCCCAGAGCUCCAACAGGCCAUGGAGAAGUGGCUUACUGAACGCAUCAAGGAGCAGGAUUUAUUCAGACUGGGUGACAAAGGAGGUGGCACAGACUUCGGACGGCCCAUGGCUGACAAAAUGGCCGACUUUGCCCUGGAGACUCAAGGUGCCAGUGUGAUCAGCACCAGGUGUUCAGAGACGUAUCGUAUUCGUUCUGCCUGUGUGACCCUGUUUGGCUUCCCCCUUUGGUACCCGUCUGAAAGCCCACGCACUGUUAUUCAGGGUAACGCGGUGCUGCUUCCAGGGAAAUGUUGGGCGUUUCACGGUGUCCAGGGAACUCUUGUCAUCUCUCUCUCUCACCCCAUAAUAAUAAGUCAUGUGACACUGGACCACCUGCCACGCUACAACUCCCCCACUGGCCGUAUUGACUCCGCGCCCAAGGACUUUGAAGUCUAUGGAAUGAAAAAUGACACAGAAGAAGGAACCCUGCUCGGGACGUUCACCUACGAUGAGAAUGGAGAGUCGACGCAGACGUUUAAGCUUCCUAACCCCAGUGAUGAGGUUUAUAGAUUUAUGGAGCUGCGUGUCCUCAGUAACUGGGGCCAUGUCGAAUAUACGUGUCUUUACCGCUUCCGAGUGCACGGAAAGAUCGCCUCCACGUGAGAUCCACCGACCAUAACGGGAGGGCUCAUUCCAACAAAUCAGAAAGUACAUGUGUCACGCACACUUUUUUAUAAAGUACAAUUCAAAUUGGUGGUCUGAUGUGUCUUCAGGCCAAAUGCUACUGAAAAAAAUGCUUGACGCUGACUAAUGUCACUCCGGUGUGUCAGCUGGUUUUGCUGUGUUUUGGACUGCUUAAUAUUAAAGUGACAGAAAUCACAGGAAGUCACACUUGGCUUUUUAAGUGUAAGAAUGAAGUGUAAAAUAUGUUUCUGAAAAUCAAAUAUCUACCUAGGAAAAUCACGUGGAAGCAUAGAGUUCAGGAAACUUGUGCUUAUAUGUCAUAUGAGCGUGCCACAAAAUAAUUUCUAAAUUUUUGUUAUUAUUAGUUAUUAUUGCUAUUUAUUUGGUAUUUCCUGCUUCACAGUCAUAUAGCAUAUGUUCCCAGCUGAAACACAUUUCUUUACAUGUUGCCAUGUUAUUGAUAAGGUACUGGAUCAGCUGCGAGUUAAACACAGUCCUUAAUGGUACUCUAAAAGUGGAAGGACAGAAAGAGUUUCUUAUUCCACAGAAGGUCUUGGGAUUUGAACCAACAUCAGCUGUUUGCAGUUACACACCUCAAAGCUUCCUACUACAACACAAAGUUAGAAAAGCUUAUUUCUGCAUUGCUCUGUCCACGUUUGGACACUAAAUAAAUUUCACUUAGUGCUGUAACUGAUGAUUAUUUUCAUUAUUGAUUGAUCUGUCAGUUUUAUUCUUGAUUAUUCAAGUAACUGUUUUGUCUAUAAAAUGUCAAAAAAAAAAUAGUGAAAAUGCCCUUUAAAAUUUAAUAGAUCCCCAGACAACUUCUUCAAAUGUCUUUUGUUUUUUUGCUCCUAACCAAAGAUACAAACCGACAAAGAAAAAUAUUAAAUCCUUACAUUUGAGAAGCUGGAACUGCCCAAUCUUAAGCAAAGCAAAUAUUUGAUUAUCAGAAUAGCUGCCUAUUAAUUUUCUGCUUAUCAACUAAUCAGUGGAUUGUUGCAGCUCUAAUUUCAGUAUUUAAUAUUUUUACAAUAUUAAGAUAUAGUUUGUAAAAAUCUUGAUCAAGUUGCCUGUUACCUGAACUGGCUGGAACAGCUGUUACACAUUUUCUAUGGGCCAGGUCUUUAGUUUUUUGUUACUGAUGUUGUGACUGACCAUCCUACAAACAACAGUAGAAAUUACACAGAAGGAAGCAAUGAAUGUCUUUUUUUAAUCAAUAUGGUUUGUUAUUGAUCAGGUAAAUUUGAUUUAAUAUUCCUGCAAAAGGUAAAAUAUGCAGCUUUGUAACAUUUGUUUUCUUUCAUUUCAUUCCUUGGAAACUUGAAAACCUCUUUUUCUAACCUCUUUUAAAGGCGUCAUGUUGACUCCACGGCGCCUGUGUUUCUGCUUUCUUGUACAUAACUUUUAAAUUUUGUAUUUUCUCCACAACAUGAAAGAAAGGUGUUAUUUAUUUGUAAAAUGAGAAUAUUCAUUUAUGAAUUCAUAUGUCAUGUCUUGUUCUGGACGAUCGGCUUCACAGUGUUUUUUUUCCAUAACAUUCUAGACACAUGUAAAAUCAUCAAAGUUUACCAUUCAAACUCCCUCCGCUCACACAGUCACAGUGUCACACCAUCAUUUCCCAUGUAUUCUUUAUUGUUGUUUGAUGGAGAAAAUAUUAGACACUUGUUCUUGUUAUGAGUUGCACUAGAGAUGAAUCCAGGUUAAAUCAAAUCAUCUCUCUCUGAUUUCCUUUAUUAAAUUUAAACUAGUGUUAAAUGAUGUAGAAAAAGAGGGACAGGUGAGACAGGGGAGGAUUUCAGAUAAUUGUCAUUUCGAUCAUGACAAAGGGGGAAUUACAACCCAGCAUCAGGAAUUAUGUAUUAGCUACAGUAUUUUAUAUAGUUUGCACACUUGGCAGUUUAUUAGGUGCAUCUAGUUGAAACUACUGCAGUCUAACUCAACAGCCCUGCAAUACAUCCUGUCUACAAGAAGGCUGCAGGACUGUUGUAUUAGACUGCAGGUGUGCCCAAUAAACUGCUGAGUGUACAUUGGUGAGGAUAUAAUUAUUUUGAUUUAAUUUGUGCUGGUAACAUUAAAUAAUAAUUGUAGUGCACUGCGUUUUGAAUUUAAGCUGGUGAUUGUAUUUACAGUUUUAAUUUUACAGUUACUCCUUAAAUGUCCUGAUUUUGUUCAACCAUUAAUUAUGAUUUUUAAUUUGCAGCACAUACGAAUCUGUAGGACUUCCUGCUUCCUGGUGGAAGCACUAAGUAAUGUAAUUCACUGAACUGAAUCUUGAUUGGCUUUUGAGGGACAGAUCAUGUCAGACAUGUUAUUAUACACUGCACACAGUACAAUGUAUAAUCGCCACUACAUUUGAGGAAAAAAGAGGAUUUUCUUUCAUUUAUAAAAAAGCCAAAACAUUUGUUUUUGAAAGCUGUUGAACAGCCUGUACAAUCCUAAAAAAAAUACAAAAUACUUUUUGAGGGUCAUGGUCAUUACUGACAAUUGUCUUCUUUGUCGGAUAAUGCAUGAGGUCUCCUCUAGAGUAUUUGACUGUUAAUGCCUAUUUGUAAGCCAAACUGGGAUGUUUGUCUGAUUUAUUAAACAAAACAUUGUAAUAGA